CCACAAAAUUUGUUACCCAAAUUUCCCAUUUAUCCCUUUUUUGUUACCCGCUCGUUACUCCCUCUUCUUCUCAUCUUCGUCGCGCCCUAAAUCCCCCAAAUAACUCUCAAAAUUUGCCCCCAAAUUUCCCAUUUCCUGCAACACAAGUCAAUACACCUACACCAAUCACACUUCUUUUUCCUUUUCAUUUCUUCAAAGGUAGUAGUAGAAAGAGGAGUUCUAGGAAAUCUGGUGGAGAUUCGGCUGAGAAGAAAGAGCCAAUGCUCAUGCUAGGGUUUUGUUGAUUGUUUGAUUUUUAUUGUUUUGUUUAUGUGCUCGUUUUUUGUUUGGGAUUUCACUUUCUGAUAGACCUAAAUGGAAGCAGUUUCUCAUUUGCUCUUCUGGGUUCUUCUUUGGUUACCUUGUCAAUGGCAUUUGCGAGGAAUAUGUAUACAAUAGACUCCAGUUCAGGGUUCGUCUACCUUUUUCUGAUUUACCUUCAAGGUUUCAGUCCGAAGAAAAUGGUGAACCCAUGGAAGACUUAUGUGAAACUCUCUGCUGUUCUCAUGGGCUCUCACGGCCUCACAAAAGGAUCUUUAGCUUUCCUCAAUUACCCAGCGCAGCUCAUGUUUAAAUCCACCAAAGUUCUUCCAGUGAUGGUAAUGGGUGCCUUCAUACCUGGUUUGAGACGAAAAUACCCAGCACACGAAUAUGUUUCUGCAAUACUUUUAGUACUGGGUUUGAUCCUUUUCACCUUAGCUGAUGCACAAACUUCACCAAGCUUCAGUGUAAUUGGUGUAAUAAUGGUGAUUGGUGCUCUUGUAAUGGAUUCUUUUCUGGGUAAUUUGCAAGAAAUUAUCUUCAACAUGAACCCUGAAACAACACAGAUGGAAAUGCUGUUUUGCUCCACUGUCGUUGGUUUGCCAUUAUUGAUCCCACCUAGGAUUUUAACAGGAGAAGUAUUCGAAGCACGGAAUUCGUGUUCUGAGGUUAUGAUUUGUUUAUGCUCCUUGGAUUAUCACUGGCUUGAAGAACUAGGUUGCUCUCUGCGAAGUCUGUUCAUGCGAGUCAUUCUUCUCUUUUCGUCUGCUGUUUCUGUUAACAAUUGAGAAGCAUUGGGACUAUUAUUAAUUUUAAUCCCUACAGAUUGUCAUGUGACCAAACUAUAGUCAUUUAUUGGAUUCAGGCUAGACUCAGGGAGGCAGCAUCACUGGAGAAACAUGUCCUUUUGAAGAAGCUUAGAGAUGCGCUCGAAUCUUUAAAAGGACGCGUAGUUGGAAGAAACAAGGAUGAUGUAGAGGAAGCUAUUGCCAUGGUUAAUGUUUUAUGUUUUGCAGUUUUAUCAUUGAAUUAUGAUCUAUCAGUGAUAUGCCAGUCCUAUUUAUUAUAAUUUUGAAAGUUAAAUGCUAAUAUUUAAAAUGCAUUACUACUUUUUAGUAUUCGCUAUUAGUCUUGGUGUGUAGGAAAUAAUGUUCAUGGUGAAAUAUUAGGGAAAAAAUGCUGUAACUUUAAGGGUGUGAUUGCUGAUUUGUUGCUUCAGUUGAAAUUGCUAGGUUCAAUGAUGCUAAUAUCAUUCAUCUCAACAUUUUCCAAA